GGAGUGGGCCGGCGGCGGAAUAGACGCGCUACAGCGAACAUCAGAGGGGGCUGUCGAAUGGGAUGGGGCCCUCUGCGGUGACGUCAGAGGGGGUGGAAGUAUCGCAGCGGCGGCCGGGCGCCAUGGAGCGCUACGUGGGCGUCCUGGAGGUAGCCGGGGACGGGACCCGGCAGCAGGAGCGGCACUACCAGCUGCUGUUGGCGCUGCAGAGCCUGGUCAAGGAGCUACCCAGCUCCUUCCAGCAGCGUCUUUUCUACACCACGCUCAGCGACCUGGACCUGGCGCUGUUCGACGGCACCGUGUUCGAGAUUGUGCAGGAGUUCUUGGAAAUCCAGCAUCUGACAGAGAAGUCUGUUGAACCAGUGUCUUCGGCUGCAGAAUGAGCACCGAGGUGCGGGGCGGGAGCGCAGCCUGGAUUCACACCGCGGUGGUUUCUCCAAUCUUAUUUUACACUUAGUUGUAUGGUUCCCUUUUAGCAUGACUUCUAGAAACCCCCACCCUUUCCCAGGAGCGUGGAGCUCGGUGUUAGGUCAGCCCUCUUUGGCAGACCCCGGAGGCGGCUGUCCGCGGGGCCGCAGUGGCUGGACAUCUGUCCGGCGCCCCUUGGGGCCAGACCCUACACUGGCUGCGCAUCAAAUUCCCUCGUGUUGCUCCCUGAGGGACCUUCCGAGACCCGAGGGGUUUCCCAGCUGAGACACCCUCAGCCAAAGUCUUGUGCCUUGGCCCCUCCCAGGCAUCCCCAGUUGGCAGCCCCGGGAACCCUUCCUGCGAGGAAUUUAGGGCAGCCCCCCUGCCCCAUCAGGUUUCUCACCUUUGUUAUUUUCUUUGUUUCUAAUUUCUAAUUAUAGAAACAUUUAUAAAAACAAACAUUUAGAAAAAAAUGAAUAACGUAGCAAAUACGCAUAUGCUCUCCACUUGGAUUCAGUAGUUAACACUUUGCAAUGUUUCUUUACAUCCCCAAACACAGGACAUAUAUAGCGCUUUGCCAUGCAUCUUCAUCAUUCCUCUAGACUUGGGUUUCCCACCAGAUACUCUUGACAUUUGUGGCUGGAUAAGUUUUUGUGGUGGGUUGUUGCCCUGUAUGUUGUAGAAUCUUAGCAGCAUCCCGAGUCUCUGCUAGCUAGAUGGUAGUGGUACCCACAGAAGUGACAACCCAAAAUGCCUCCAAACAACUCUAGGGGGCACCGUUUCACUAGAACAAGAACCAUUUUCUGUGCAGCAACAAGCGAGUAGCCUCCUGGGAAGUCAACCACCCCAGGUGUCUUCUGACCAGUUCUCUAACUUUUCUCAAAGGAUCAUUUGAAAUUAGGGGAUCCAGUGUCAGCUCUGGCACUGCACUUGGUUUCUUUGGUUUCUCCUUUUCUAGAAUAGUUCCCCAGCACUGAUCAUGGCACUGCCCUCUUGAGAAUCCAGGGCAUUUCCCUUCUGGAUCUGUUGGAUUCUUUCUUCAUGGGGUCAUUUUACCUGCUUCUGGGUUCUCUUCUGUGUUUCCUGUAAACUUGGGGGCAGGGCUCCAGGCCUGGAUAGAGGCAGUUAAACAUUUGUGGCAAAAAUUCCUCCUGCUGAUGCAAGACUCUUUCACCUCGGGGGGCAGGUGACACCCAUCUGACAGGAUCAGUGUUUCUUUCAGAAAUGGGUGCUGCAUUUUAUGAAAUCCUUGAGAUGAUCACAAUGGUGAGCUACACGGAUUAGCUUUUGAAUUCCUGGAAUAAGCUGCACUCCUGGGAUCAAUUCUACUCAGUAGUGAUGAGGGAUCAUCUUUUCAUUGGAUUUGACUUGCUCAAAUCUUAGGAACUUUUGCCUUUGUGUUCCUGAUGGAUAGAGGUCUUUAAUUGUGUUUUCUUGAAACGUCUUUGAUUUGGGCUGCAGGGUAACGCCAACCUCAGGCUGAGUUGGGAAGUGUAGCUUCCUCUGGAAGUUUGUGUGGUGGUUGUCUUUGCGUGCAGUUCACAAGCUGAAAGCCCCCAGCCCAGGGUUCUCUUUGUGCCCAGAUUGUCCCUUUUGGCCAGCUCCAUGAUCUGACAUUCCUGCUGUGCUUUGAGUGUUUCCUUACUCUCUGACCCAGGACUGAAUCAGGCUCAUCUUUUCUGGUUGUAAUCUGCCCCAGCCUGGGAGUCGGUCACUUCUACGUGGAGCCCUGGUUCCCUUUAGUGGGAGGUUUUGCUACUACUUGCCCCUCCACAGGCUGGGCCGGGUGUCAGUGCCACUAGCAGAGGGUGCCAGUGCCCGGGCUGCCCUCUUUCCCCAGCGCCCGUCUGAGGGAGCAGGUGCUGAAUGGCCAUCCUUCCUUCCUUCCUCUCUCUGCCCUUGCUGGUGAGUACUGAGGCCAGGCCCAUCCUGCCCAGUGAACACGUGCGGGACUCUGCUCCCCUUGGUCGCCCACCCAGGGGGUAUCUGUGAACUGACCCGGGGUUUGCAGCUGCAUUUGAUAAACAGCAGGGGAUGGUGCCUUCCCUGCUUUCAUCUCUUUCCUCUUGUGCUGCCUCCACGUGGAGCCCUGAACCAGGUGACGAGGCAGGUACUUUCUUUCCCCACUGUUUGUGGAGAUGUUCAAGCUCGGAUCUUGGUUUCAAAUGCAUUUAAUGUGAUAAAGGACAUCACAGGUGUAUACAGAAUGCCAGGAAACAGGAUGUUGAGGAAGGCCGGAUUCAAUUUGCAAGUAUUUUGUUGAGAAUUUUUGCACCUAUAUUCAUUAGGGAAAUAUGCCUGUAGUUUUCCUUUUUUGUAGUAUCUUUGCAUGGUUUUGGUAUUAGAUU